AUGCGAGAGCGAACCCACCUGACGGUACUGCCACCCUCGCCGGCGCCGUCACCCACCGCCGGCGACGACGGCGGGGACUUCCUCCCGUCCCUGCCCCACGCCCGCCGUUUCACCCCUUCCAGCCCCUCGCCCGGUGCUUCCGCUCCUCCGCCGGCGACGGCGCCGUCGGCCUCUACGGCGGGCUCGGACGGGGGAAUCGCGUUCAUCAGCAGCAACCCCGCGAUCCCGCUACCGACCGGCGCGUUGGACUCCACCGCCGCCCGUCCUCCGCCGGACGCCGGCGGCGGGCAACCGGUGAGAAGAAACGCGUGCCAUUGCCAGUCUUCUUUAUCCCCGCUUUUGCCCUUUUUCUUUUCCUCCCUACUCAAAAGGGCGUCCUCGCUGGUGCAGGCGGCAGGGAGGGCUCUCGGCAUUCAAAUGGCUCUCUCGGUGGCUCUGGCGGCGUCCUUCGCUUUAUGGAGCAUAUGA